GUUAACCACCGGGUGCGCGUGCUCACUUGCGCCAUGGCGAGUCCUGGCGAGCUGUAGACCCUGGCACCGGCCGCCGCUUCCUUCGACUACCUGGUGAUCCGCGGCGGCUCGGGAGGGCUGGCCAGCGCACUGCAGAUGGCGGAGCUCGGCGCCAGGGCCACGGUGGUGGAGGGUCACAAGCUGGGUGGCACUUGCGUGAAUGUCGGAUGUGUCCCCAAAAAGGUAUUGUGGAACACAGGUGUCCACUCUGAAUUCAUUCACGAUCAUGUGGAUUAUGGCUUCCAAAGCUGUGAGAAUAAAUUCAAUUGGCAUGUUAUCAAGGAGAAGCGUGAUGCCUAUGUGAGCCGCCUGAACACCAUCUACAAAAACAAUUUAACCAAGUCCCACAUAGAAAUCAUCCACGGCUAUGCAACAUUUGCAGACGGUCCUCAGCCCACGGUCGAGGUCAACGGGAAGAGGUAUACUGCCCCUCACAUCCUGAUUGCCACAGGUGGUUUGCCCACAGUUCCUCACGAGAGCCAGAUCCCAGGUACCAGCUUGGGAAUGACCAGUGACGGUUUUUUUCAGCUGGAGGACUUGCCUAGGCGCAGUGUCAUUGUGGGUGCGGGCUACAUUGCUGUGGAAAUAGCUGGCAUCUUCUCUGCCCUGGGCUCCAGGACAUCACUUAUGAUAAGGCAUGAUAAGGUCCUUAGGAACUUUGACUCGCUCAUCAGUUCCAACUGCACUGAGGAGCUGGAGAACGCUGGCGUGGAGGUGUUGAAGUUCUCCCAGGUUAAGGAAGUAAAGAAAACAUCAUCCGGCUUGGAACUUCAUGUGGUUACUGCGGUUCCUGGUAGGAAACCCACUACAACCAUGAUUUCAGAUGUUGACUGCCUGCUCUGGGCCAUUGGACAGGACCCAAAUUCUCGGGGCCUGAAUCUAAAUAAAGUGGGGGUUCAGACCAACGACAAAGGCCAUAUAAUCGUAGACGAAUUCCAGAAUACCAGUGUCAAAGGCAUCUGCGCUGUGGGAGAUGUGUGUGGGAGAGCUCUUCUCACCCCAGUUGCCAUUGCUGCUGGCCGGAAACUGGCUCAUAGGCUUUUUGAAUGCAAGAAAGAUUCCAAAUUGGAUUAUGACAACAUCCCUACCGUGGUCUUCAGCCACCCCCCUAUCGGGACAGUGGGGCUCACUGAAGAUGAAGCCAUUCUUAAGUACGAGAAAGAGAAUGUGAAAAUCUACUCCACCUCCUUCACCCCGAUGUACCAUGCUGUCACCACGAGGAAGACAAAAUGUGUGAUGAAAAUGGUUUGUGACAAAGAGGAAAAGGUGGUUGGGAUCCACAUGCAGGGGAUUGGCUGUGAUGAAAUGCUUCAGGGCUUCGCUGUGGCAGUGAAAAUGGGGGCCACCAAGGCCGACUUUGACAACACGGUUGCCAUUCAUCCUACCUCUUCAGAAGAGCUGGUCACACUCCGCUGAGAACCCAGGGACUUGUAUGGCUGCGGUCAGACCAGUAGACCUCUGAGAAGAACUGACGAACGGAUCAAGUUUACUUCCUGCUCCAGCGUUCUACGUUUAUUUUAAUCAGGAUCUUCUGAUAGUGUAAAUUUUUAGUUU